GACUUCGUGCUCGAAUUACAAAGACACCUCUUUGGACAGCUCAUUCUGGAUGAACGAGUGGUAACACUAAGUGUCAUCCCCACUGCCUUAAGGGAGCCAUUUCAUGGACUCACUUUCCACACUUGUCAACCAUGCUGCCUUGCUCCCAGGACCACGUAAAGCCGGCUGAGCAUUAAUCUCCAUCAGCACAAACUAGACUGCAGGUUAAAAUGGGGAACUCCGAGAGUCAGUACACAUUUCAAGGAUCUAAAAAUCAUAGCAAUACUAUUCCUGGUGCUAAGCAAAAGCCUUGCUCCCUGAAAAUACGCAGCAUUCACGCAAAAGACGACAAGUCGUUGCAUGGAUGGGGUCACGCAAGCAGCGGAGCAGGUUACAAAUCCAGGUCCCUGGCCCGAAGCUGCCUUUCUCACUUUAAGAGUAAUCAGCCUUACGCCUCGAGACUCGGUGGACCCGCCUGCAAAGUCUCCAAAGGCAACGCCUACUCCAAGCACAGGACAAAUGGCUCAGGGAGCGAUUUCCAGGGCAACCACGCUGCUUUCUUACCCGAGAACGGUUUCCACUACGUCGCCCAGGACCGGGCGGAGAACCACGUGGCCUCGAAGGACUGCAAUGGACACCUCCUCAACUGCUACGGGAGAAACGAGAGCGCGGCGUCCACCCCGCCGGGCGAGGACCGAAGGAGCCCCAGGGUGCUCAUCAAGACGCUGGGGAAGCUGGACGGGUGUCUCCGCGUGGAGUUCCACAGCGGCGGCGCCCACGGCCACCGCCCCGGGCCCCCCGCCGGGACCGAAGGAGCCCCAGGAAGCUCUUCCCUGUCCUCCCUCCGCGAACUCGACCCCGAUGCCCCCCUGGCGGGCCUGGCCGCCUCCGGGGUCCGGCUGUCCGAUGAGGACAUCGGCGCCCCCGCCAGCCUCAGCCACCGCGUCUCCUUCGCCUCGGACAUGGACAUGCCGUCCAGGGUGGGGCACAGGGAGCCCGGCCCGUACGCGUCCUUCACCCUCCCCUGCAGGAGGUCCAAGGCCUUCACGGAGGACGCUUCCAAGAAGGACACCCUGAAAGCCAGAAUGCGUCGCAUCAGUGACUGGACAGGAAGCCUCUCCAGAAAGAAGAGGAAACUCCAGGAGCCGAGGUCCAAGGAGGGCAGUGACUACUUCGACAGCCGCUCGGAUGGACUGAACGUGGACGGGCAGGGCCCCUUCCAGGCGUCUGCCGCGCUGUGGUCAGGGGGCUCGGCUCAGCUUCUGUCCCAGAGAAGCGAAUCUGCGCAUGCGAUUGGCAGCGAUCCGCUCCGACAGGACAUCUAUGAGAACUUCAUGCGAGAGUUGGAAAUCGGCAGGACCAACACGGAGCACGCAGAAACGUCGACCGAAACGGCCGAGUCCAGUAGCGAGUCGCUCAGCUCCUUAGAGCAACUGGACCUGCUCUUUGAAAAGGAGCAAGGGGUGGUCCGGAAAGCGGGGUGGCUCUUCUUCAAACCCCUGGUCACUUUGCAGAAGGAAAGGAAGCUGGAGCUGGUGGCUCGGAGGAAGUGGAAACAGUACUGGGUGACGCUGAAAGGAUGCACCCUGCUGUUUUAUGAGACCUACGGGAAGCAUUCCCUGGAUCAGAGCGGGGCGCCUCGCUGCGCCCUGUUUGCGGAAGACAGCAUCGUGCAGGCCGUCCCGGAGCACCCCAAGAAGGAGCACGUGUUCUGCCUCAGCAACUCCUUCGGUGAUGUCUACCUUUUCCAGGCCACUAGCCAGACAGAUCUGGAAAACUGGGUCACUGCCAUCCAUUCGGCGUGCGCAUCCCUUUUUGCGAAGAAGCACGGCAAAGAGGAUACAGUUCGGCUGCUGAAGAACCAGACCAAAAACCUCGUCCAGAAGAUAGAUAUCGACAGCAAGAUGAAGAAGAUGGCAGAGCUGCAGCUGUCCGUGGUGCGUGACCCGAAGAACAGGAAAGCCAUAGAAAACCAGAUCCAGCAGUGGGAGCAGAACCUGGAGAAAUUUCACAUGGAUCUAUUCCGGAUGCGCUGCUAUCUGGCCAGCCUACAAGGUGGGGAGCUGCCGAACCCCAAGAGCCUGCUUGCCGCCACCAGUCGCCCCUCCAAGCUGGCCCUGGGCAGGUUGGGCGUCUUGUCGGUUUCCUCUUUCCAUGCUCUGGUGUGUUCUAGAGACGACUCUGCUUUCCGGAAGAGAACAUUGUCACUGACCCAGCGGGGGAGAAACAAGAAGGGCAUAUUUUCUUCGUUAAAAGGUCUGGACACACUGGCAAGAAAAGGGAAGGAGAAGAGAUCUUCUAUAACUCAGGUUGAUGAUCUUCUGCAUAUGUACGGUUCAGCCGUCGAUGGUGUUCCCCGAGACAGCACGUGGGAAGUCCAGACUUAUGUUCAUUUUCAGGAUAAUCAAGAAGUGUCUGUUACGAUCAAGCCAGAGCACAGAGUAGAAGAUAUUUUGACUUUGGCAUGCAAGAUGAGGCAGUUGGAACCCAGCCACUAUGGCCUACAGCUUCGAAAAUCAGUAGAUGAAAACACUGAGUACUGUAUUCCCGCACCAUACGAAUACAUGCAGGAACAGGUUUAUGAUGAAAUAGAAGUCUUUCCGCUAAAUGUGUAUGAUGUGCAGCUCACGAAGACUGGGGGCGUGUCUGACUUCGGCUUUGCAGUGACAGCACAGGUGGAUGGGCACCAGCAUCUCAGCCGCAUAUUUGUCAGCGAUGUUCUCCCUCAUGGCUUGGCGUACGGGGAAGGGCUGAGAAAGGGCAACGAAAUCAUGACCUUAAAUGGGGAAGCUGUGUCUGAUCUUGACCUUAAGCAGAUGGAGGCCCUGUUUUCUGAGAAGAGUGUUGGGCUCACUCUGAUUGCCCGGCCACCUGACACAAAGGGAACCCUGUGUACUUCCUGGUCAGAUAGUGACCUGUUCUCAAGGGACCAGAAGAGUCUGCUACCUCCUCCUAACCAGUCCCAACUUCUGGAGGAAUUCCUGGAUAACUUUAAAAAGAAUACAGCAAAUGAUCUAAAAUGUAUUGAUUCCCCACAAGCUGCUCACCUAUGGAAUUACAUAGUGGACAUUCUGAGAAACCGAAUAGAGAAAUCGAAUAAAUCAAGUAGAUUAAUAACAAUUCACACAAACUGUCAUCCGAAUGUAAGUAAACAUAAAGCUGUUCGAUGUCAAAGGUGUAGAGCUAACGUCAUAGGGGAUUAUGUAGUCGAAAACUUAAUUCAGCCAUUUAUGAUAUACUUCUCUGCGUCACUUGGCAAUUUCCUCUCCAGUCUCAGCUCUGAGUGGAUGCGUGUGCCACUCUGUGUUCGGGGCGAGGUGGCUGAGAGAGGAGAGGUCGUGGAGAGACUCUGCCUAGGGAGGUCAUGGCGUGUUCGCCAUCUCAGAUCCCAGCUUCUCACUGCUGAGAGUAAAGACUGGAGUGGCCGUUUUGUAAGUCAGUCUCCUGCUCUUGAUAACAGCAUGAAGAACAGGGCAACAAAAAAUACACCUGUCACUAAUUUGGGAGACAGGAGAAAAACGCAGAGUGCUGAACAGAUCGCUGCGCUGUGCAGGGGUUUUAACGACGCCCAGACCGACGGCAUGGAAGGAGCGAGGGACAGCCAGGACCCAGCUCCGAGGCCGCUGGCCCGCCACCUCUCUGAUGCGGAUCGCCUCCGGAAAGUCAUCCAGGAGCUGAUGGACACGGAGAAGUCCUACGUGAAGGAUCUGAGCUGCCUCUUUGAGUUGUACUUGGAGCCACUUCAAAAUGAGACCUUUCUUACCCAGGAUGAAAUGGAGUCACUUUUUGGGAGUUUGCCAGAGAUGCUCGAAUUUCAAAAGGUGUUUCUGGAGACUCUCGAGGAUGGGAUUUCAGCCUCCGCCGACUUUAACGUACUUGAAACCCCCUCGCAGUUUAGGAAAUUACUGUUUUCCCUUGGAGGCUCUUUCCUUUACUAUGCAGACCACUUCAAACUGUACAGCGGAUUCUGCGCUAAUCAUAUUAAAGUACAGAAGGUUCUGGAGCGGGCGAAAACUGACAAAGCCUUCAAGGCUUUUCUGGACGCCCGGAACCCCACCAAGCAACACUCGUCCACGCUGGAGUCCUACCUCAUCAAGCCCGUUCAGAGGGUGCUUAAGUACCCGCUGCUGCUCAGGGAGCUCGUGUCCCUGACGGACCACGAGAGCGAGGAGCACUACCACCUGACAGAAGCACUAAAGGCAAUGGAAAAAGUAGCAAGCCACAUCAAUGAGAUGCAGAAGAUAUAUGAGGAUUAUGGGACUGUGUUUGACCAGCUCGUAGCCGAGCAGAGCGGAACAGAGAAGGAGGUAACGGAACUUUCAAUGGGGGAACUUCUGAUGCACUCUCCGGUUUCCUGGUUGAAUCCGUUUCUGUCUCUAGGAAAAGCCAGGAAGGACUUGGAGCUCACAGUGUUUGUUUUUAAGAGAGCUGUCAUACUGGUUUAUAAAGAAAACUGCAAACUGAAAAAGAAAUUGCCGUCGAAUUCCCGGCCUGCACACAGCUCUGCUGACUUGGACCCCUUUAAAUUUCGCUGGUUGAUCCCUAUAUCUGCACUUCAAGUCAGACUGGGAAACACAGCAGGGACAGAAAAUAACUCCAUAUGGGAGCUGAUCCAUACGAAGUCAGAAAUAGAAGGACGGCCAGAAACCAUCUUUCAGUUGUGCUGCAGUGACAGUGAAAGCAAAACCAACAUCGUCAAGGUGAUUCGAUCUAUUCUGAGGGAGAACUUCAGGCGCCACAUAAAGUGUGAAUUACCCCUGGAGAAAACGUGUAAGGAUCGCCUGGUACCGCUGAAGAACCGGGUCCCCGUUUCAGCCAAAUUAGCUUCCUCCAGGUCCUUGAAGGUCCUCAAGAAUUCCUCCAGCGGCGAGUGGCCCGGUGAGACGGGCAAGGGCAGCUCGCUGGACUCCGACGAGGGCAGCCUGAGCAGCGGCACCCAGAGCAGCGGCUGCCACACGGCCGGGGGCGGGCACGACCCCCUGAAGCACCCACACGCGGGCUCGACGGAGUUUUCAGACAGUCUCAUCAAAGAGAGCGAUAUCCUGAGCGACGACGAGGACUAUCAUCAGACUCUGAAACAGCGCAGCCCCACCAAAGACAUCGAGAUUCAGUUCCAGAGACUGAGCAUCUCCGAGGACCCGGACGCGCCCCCGGCCGGGCAGCAGGCGGGCACGGAGGGCCAGCCGGCGGCCGAGCAGCCCAAGCUGGUGCGGGGGCACUUCUGCGCCAUUAAACGCAAAGCCAACAGCACCAGAAGGGACCGGGGGACGCUGCUGAAGGCGCAGACUCGUCACCAGUCCCUUGACAGUCAAGCUGAAAAUGCCAACCUCGAUCUCAGUGCCGUUCUAGAGCGAGAAUUCAGCGUCCAGAGUCUAGCGUCGGUUGUCAACGAGGAGUGUUUUUACGAAUCGGAGGCCCACGGGAAGUCGUAGUACAGUUUCAGCCCGCACGUGUGGAUUCUACUGCUCUUUUCGUUUUCAGACUCGUGGUAAAGUGGAAAUCGCAGAAAAACUAUUCAUUACUGGGUUUUGUGCAGUGUACAUUUUCCCACAAAAUAGCUGUAAAGAUUUAAGUUAUUUUAAUUUAUUGUAGAUCAGAAAACUAGAUGAAGCUGGUCAGAAUCUGUAAAUUACUUAGUUGCUAUCCCUUUUGAGCAGGUAUCAAAAUGACUUUGAAUCCUAAACUGCAUUCUGAUUAUUUUAAUUUAUAUGGAAAAGGUAGGGUGGGGAAGUUGGGAUUCAUCGCUUUGUAAAAAGGUCAUUUUUUAAAAAUCCUCUGGGCAUUUUCUUUGAGCUGUUAGUUUCUGCUUUAUUUAAAGCAUAUUUAAGUUAUUUUAAUGUGGGUUAGGGGCACAAAGUGCACAUAUUUCAUUUUUGUAAGGUUGUAAUAGAUGCUGUUUAUACUAAACAUGUCAUAUCUAUGCAGUAUAUAUUAAAAGAAAACAUACUGUAACUUGA